UAAUUUUAUAAAAAAAACUCUAAAAUGUUUAACCUAUUUGAAUUCUAAAUUUCUAAAUUUUAUAAAAUUAUAUUUAUAUUUUACCUUCAGUUUUAUCGAGCUGACUCCCGUCACAUGCUCCAGCUCCACUUUCAACCACAAUGGCUUCUCCUCAAACAGCUGAAGUGGACAGUUUAUAAUUACAAACAUUUUGUUUUAAUGAUGUAAAAUCAUUUAUAUUUGUAGGCAUGGAAUUGUGUCAUUUAUAUUUGUAGGCAUGGAAUUGUGUGGUUUAACUAUUUCCCACUCCCAGUCUGUUCAGGUUUAAUGCUGUUUGCUGCUCAUCAAUAAUGAAGAGUUGGAAAUAAGACCUUUAAAACUUGUUUUUUUUAACUUUCAAAAGGACUACAAAUGCGUACAAAUAGGUAACUAAGUAUCUCCAUGUAUUGUGUAAUCUAAUGUGUUAUACAUGAUUAUUUCCUGCAAAACUACGUUUUGUCAAUGUAUGACAUUGACGUCACUGUGUUUAUGUUUUCAUUGAUAGUACUGAUGAAGGCUAUGGCAAGAUAUGUUUAGUAUUUGAGAAAUUAAAAUCUACUUAAGUAACAUGAUUGAAUGGGAUAGUUAUUUAACCCUUUCCCACUCAGAGCCAAAGUGGAAAUGGCUAUGUGCAAACAUCAUAAAACCAGAACAGCCUGGGAGUUACUAGCAGUCUGUUCAGGUUUUAUUCUGUUUGCUGCUCAUCAGUGUCUUAAGUUUGGAGAUGAAGCCUUAAAAACUUGUAUCUAGUAAGAAAGGUCUAAAACUAAAUAUAACUUUCUAAGGCAAUGCAAAUAUGUAUCUAAAUGGUAAAGGGUUUAUUAAUUAAUACCUCAGCGCAUGGUCUGAAUGACCUAAACAUCUGAGGAUUCAUCAAACAGCAACAGGAGAUAUGGAGUCAUAGAAUACCGGUAGUAAAGCUCAAAUAUUUGUCCUUCAACUUUAAGUGUGCCCUUAACCUUCAGAUGUAAUGACUGGGUCAUGCCUUCUUAACAUGCCCUCUCAAUGACCUUGACAUUUGAGCCAAUUUCCACAAAAUUCCUUCCUAGGGUAUAAGAGAUAAUUAUGGAGCAGAAAAAAAAUCUUACAGACAGAGAAAAAAUGGGUGAUGCAUAUUCCAAAAUACCUGGCUCCUGCAUGAAUAACAGUUACUUUUGUUAAAAAGAAAUGAUGACCUUGCUAGUUAGCUAUUAUGUUGCCUCUUAAUAACAUUAACGAUGUAAACCAAUGAGUUAUUUAUGUAUUUAUUUAAUCAUCUAUGUAUGUGAUCAGGUUUUAAUUAUCCAUGUAUGUGAUCAGGUUUUAAUUAUCUAUGUAUCUGAUCAGGUUUUAAUUAUCUAUGUAUGUGAUCAGGUUUUAAUUAUCUAUGUAUGUGAUCAGGUUUUAAUUAUCUAUGUAUGUGAUCAGGUUUUAAUCAUCUAUGUAUGUGAUCAGGUUUUAAUUAUCUAUGUAUGUGAUCAGGUUUUAAUUAUCUAUGUAUGUGAUCAGGUUUUUAUUAUCCAUGUAUGUGAUCAGGUUUUAAUUAUCUAUGUAUGUGAUCAGGUUUUAAUUAUCCAUGAAUGUGAUCAGGUUUUAAUUAUCCAUGUAUGUGAUCAGGUUUUAAUUAUCUAUGUAUGUGAUCAGGUUUUAAUUAUCUAUGUAUGUGAUCAGGUUUUAAUUAUCUAUGUAUGUGAUCAGGUUUUAAUAAUCCAUGUAUGUGAUCAGGUUUUAAUUAUCUAUGUAUGUGAUCAGGUUUUAAUUAUCUAUGUAUGUGAUCAGGUUUUAAUUAUCUAUGUAUGUGAUCAGGUUUUAAUUAUCUAUGUAUGUGAUCAGGUUUUAAUUAUCUAUGUAUGUGAUCAGGUUUUAAUUAUCUAUGUAUGUGAUCAGGUUUUAAUUAUCUAUGUAUGUGAUCAGGUUUUAAUUAUCUAUGUAUGUGAUCAGGUUUUAAUUAUCUAUGUAUGUGAUCAGGUUUUAAUUAUCUAUGUAUGUGAUCAGGUUUUAAUUAUCUAUGUAUGUGAUCAGGUUUUAAUUAUCUAUGUAUGUGAUCAGGUUUUAAUUAUCUAUGUAUGUGAUCAGGUUUUAAUUAUCUAUGUAUGUAAUCAGGUUUUAAUUAUUUAUGUAUGUGAUCAGGUUUUAAUUAUCUAUGUAUGUGAUCAGGUUUUAACUAUCUAUGCAUGUGAUCAGGUUUUAACUAUCUAUGUACACAAAUAUAUGUGAUCAGGAUUUUGUUGAGUAUUUUAUUGUUGUGAUCAUCUUUUUGUAUAUUUUUUAGUAUGUGGCCAAAAAGAUGUAUUCGCUGAUUCUGACAAUUAUAUAAACUGAAACUCAAACUGAUAACGCAAUCUUAUGCAAAUUUCUGAUGAAAGAACACUAAAAAGAAUAGCCUUUGUUUGUAAACAAAUAAUGAAAAACAUAUAUAUCAAAAUUGAUGUUAAAGAUUGAUGUAUCACAACUCUAAAGUUGAAUGUUGUUACUUAUAUAUUCUGUUUUUUGGGCCAGUGGCCUUUAUUUACAAAUAUUUUUUUGUCUUGUCUUAUCUUUUAUUUAGUGAAUAUUUACAUUAAACAUUUAUCAAAUAAUU